CUGUAUUCUACGUUUUACGGUACUGCCAUAGUACAAUAGCGCGUUUGUUAUUUUUCCCCCUUAUCAAGUUUCAAGUUCUCAGGUGCUAAAGCAAUGGUGAUUUUAAGAACCCGCUGGUACUCCGCGGUGCAAUGGAGACUUUUCUGUUACAAGUUCCUGGCCAGCCGGGUCACAACUCCAGCCAGGUUCUGCAGCUCCAUCCCAUCGCCGAUCCAGAUCCACGGUCUGGACCAUCUGGUGCUGACGGUGAGGAGCGUGCCAGACUCCCUGGCCUUCUACUCCAGGGUGCUGGGCAUGGAGGUCGUCACCUUCCAGGGCAAUCGGAAGGCUCUGCGCUUCGGGAGCCACAAGCUGAACCUCCACCAGGCAGGGCAGGAGGUUGAGCCCAAAGCCCUGCGCCCCACGCCAGGCUCCGUAGACCUGUGCCUGGUCACUCACACCCCGCUGCCCGCAGUCACGCGGCACCUCCAGGGCUGCGGGGUGACAGUGGAGCAGGGUCCUGUGAUGAGGACAGGCGCCGUGGGCCCCAUCACCUCCGUCUACUUCCGGGAUCCCGAUGGCAACCUGAUAGAGGUCAGCAACUAUGACAGGCGUGCUGGAGACGCAACAGGGAAACAGUGAUCCCCCUGGCUGUUUCAUAUCUCAUUAAAUACUUUGAUAUCUCAUGA